AAUAAAAAAGUAAUUGACUUCUGUCAGAUUUAAUUCUUUUUAUAUCAAAUUCACAUAAAGUCAAUAAUAAAAAUUACAUAAAUUACAUUUUUAUUACAAUAAUUUGGUGAAAAAAAUUGUAAAAGUUAAAAUGAGCGCUCCCUUCUACAGUUUUGACCCAUGUGUAUGCACCGGAAUGCCAUGCGGUGCCUGCUAUCCAUACUCUACGAAGCCGUGUGUGGCCUCGCGAAACGAUCUGAGUCCUUGUUCAGUUUGUCCUGGUGGGGGAUGUUCUCCAUGCCCAGCGCCAGUACGACCAUGCCCGGCGCCCUGUAUACCACCACCUGUACUACCAUGUUUGCCUCCAUGCCCUCCGUGUGAUAAGCCCGUAAACCGAGUCACACCACCAGUACCUGUAUGUGACUCAGUGGCAAUACCGUGCUGCAGACCAAAUCGCUGCAAGCCUUGUCCUUGUUACUGCUGUACAGAACCUGGGGUUUGUUCUCCGAAGAGAUGUAGUUACCCUGGGGUUCCUGUAUGUGGAGGUUGCUGUGGCCCUUGUAUGCCAGUGUGGUAAAUAAUUUAGGAGCUCGAAAAUUUGUGAAUGAUAGUGUUUGUGAAUAAAAGUAUCAAAUUUUAAAAAUGUAUUUUACUACAAUUG